AAGAGAUAAUAAAGCUUGUUAGAGAUUUGAUUCCUGCUUCCCACUCCUCAGUUUUACCAGGGACAGGGAGGACCUGCUGCCUCUGAAUAAAGAGUGGCUUCUGGGAAGUGAAAUUUUAGUAUAAACUUUUGUGAAACAUUUUAUUCUGAAGGUGAAGAAAAAAAUGUGUUCUUCACAGGGUGCAUUGACGUUCAUGGAUGUGGCUAUAGAGUUCUCUAAGGAGGAGUGGGAAUGUCUGAAUUCUGCCCAAAGGGCUUUGUACAGAGACGUCAUGUUGGAGAAUUACAACAACCUGGUUUCUGUGGGUGUUGCUGUUUCAAAACGAGAGGUAAUCAUCUGUCUUGAACAAAACAAAGAACCAUGGAUUGUUGAUGCAGAGGAAACACAACUUUGUCUUGUGAACAUACUGAGAAUCUACUACAAAUGGUGUGUACACAAAAUUAUUUUCAAAAAGAAAUAACACAAGUAUUUGGACUUAAUGGUCUUUUAGACCUAUAUAGAAAGAAGUUUUGGGAAUAUAGAAGUGGUGGUGAGGAGCAUGAAAUAUGUGAUUAUGAAAAUUAUCUGCUGGCAAAACACAUCUGUUUUAAUUCUGAAAAGAAUAAAGGAGUUCUAGCUAUUCCUGAGAGAACUCAGGCUGAGUCACUCCCAUUUUUACAAUUGGAGACUACUCUAGCAGAAUUUUUACAAAUUUUGAAAUGCAACAAUGUUCUACACAGGAAUACAAAAACCUUAAAGAGUGACAUUUGGGUGAAUAAACCCACUUCCCUGAAGCAUUUAUCAAGUAGUAUGGGAUUUAACAGUACUUCAAUACUUUAUGAACAAAGGAGAUAUUGGAGAAGAGAAAAAAUUACUGAAUAUCAUCAAUGUGAAAGAUAUUUCUCUAAAAAUUCAUUACAGCUUCCUCAACAAUUAAAUCUACUCUGUGACAAGUUCUACCAUGUAGGUCAACAUAAGAAAAUGUCCAUGUAUGCAGUGAAACUUGGAACAUAUCAUGUGGAAGGUAGUUGUGGAAACUCCAACAGAGUAAAUGAUAGUAACAUGGGCUAUAUUAAAAACCCUUUUCUGAAGUAUUGCCAAAACAAUCAACAUGGAGAGAUUUUAUACCAAGGUGAUGUCAUAUUAUAUGAUUCUCAUCAUGAAACAAUUCUAAGUAAAAAUGAGAUAAGUAAAUGUAUUUCAGAAAAUCAUUAUAACCAUGAUAGUAGACAGGCUAUGUCUAAUCACUGCUCUCAGUCAUCUUUGCAACAGCAGGAUCAUACCACAUGGAGCCUUUAUAAAAAUGACUGGCAGGAUGACAUUUUAAAUGAUUCCUUAAUUCUUCAGGUUUAUAACAGAAUGUGGACUAAAGGAGAUUUCAACAAAUAUACAUGUGAUACAUACAGGAAUGCUUUAAUUGAAUCGUUAUACUUAGAGAAAGAUAACAUGAAACACAUUAAAAGACAACUUUCCCAGGCCCCAGGGUAUAAUAAGGUCUUGAAUUUCAAUUCCAAUGUCAUUCAACACGAUUCAAACCAUAAUGGAAAGGGAAUCCAGAAAGUCAAAGUACAUUUGUAUGGUAUUUUCAAUAUACAAAAUCUCUUGAGACAUUCAAAUUUAUCAGUUGAGGAAAAACCCUCAAAAUAUAAAACACCAGAGAAAUGCUCCAAUAAAUCCUCAGGCCUUAUGGUAUUUCAAGCUAGAGGGAAACCAUGGAAAUGUGUGCAAUGUGGCAAGUCCUUUGCUCAGUACUCAGCUCUUCAAAACCCUCACAGGAUCUGUACUGUAAAGAAACUGUAUAGUUGUAAGGAAUGUUUAAAAUCAUUUACUUGGUUCUCAAAACUUCAAGCUCACCACAGAAUACAUACUACACAGGAACUUUAUAAAUCUAAUAAGUGUGGGGAAUCAUUUACCCAGUCAUCAAAUCUUCAAGUUUAUCAGAGAAUCCACCACACAGGAGACAAGCCUUACAAAUGUAAUGAAUGUGGUAAAUAUUUUACCCAUUCCUCAAGUCUUAAAGAUCACCAGAGAAUCCAUGCAAGACACAAACCUUACAAAUGUAAUAACUGUGGGAAAAGUUUUAUAAAGUCCUCAGAUCUUAAAGGGCACUACAGAAUCCACACAGGAGACAAACCCUACAAAUGUAAUAACUGUAGGAAAAGUUUUACACAGUCCUCAGGUCUUAAAAGGCACUACAGAAUCCACACAGGAGACAAACCUUACAAAUGUAAUGAAUGUGGUAAAUAUUUUACCCAGUCUUCAAAUCUUCAAGUUCAUCAGAGAAUCCACACAAAAGACAAACCUUACAAAUGUAAUGAAUGUGGUAAAUAUUUUGCCCAUUCCUCAAGUCUUAAAGUACACCACAGAAUCCAUACAAGAAACAAAACUUAUAAAUGUAAUAACUGUGGGAAAAGUUUUAUACGGUCCUCAGAUCUUAAAAGGCACUAUAGAAUCCACACAGGAAACAAGCCUUACAAAUGUAAUGACUGUGGUAAAUAUUUUACCCAUUCCUCAAGUCUUAAAGGUCACCACAGAAUCCAUACAAGAGACAAGCCUUACAAAUGUAAUAACUGUGGGAAAAGUUUUAGACAGUCCUCAAGUCUUAAAAGGCACUACAGAAUCCACACAGGAGACAAACCUUACAAAUGUAAUGAAUGUGGUAAAUAUUUUGCCUGUUCCUCAAGUCUUAAAAGGCACCACAGAAUCCACACAGGAGACAAACCUUACAAAUGUAAUGAAUGUGGUAAAUAUUUUGCCCAGUCUUCAAAUCUUCAAGUUCAUCAGAGAAUCCACACAAAAGACAAACCUUACAAAUGUAAUGAAUGUGGUAAAUAUUUUGCCCGUUCCUCAAGUCUUAAAAAUCACCACAGAAUCCACACAGGAGACAAACCUUACAAAUGUAAUGAAUGUGGUAAAUAUUUUGCCCAGUCUUCAAAUCUUCAAGUUCAUCAGAGAAUCCACACAAAAGACAAACCUUACAAAUGUAAUGAAUGUGGUAAGUAUUUUGCCCAGUAUUCAAAUCUUCAAGUUCAUCAGAGAAUCCACACAAAAGACAAACCUUACAAAUGUAAUGAAUGUGGUAAAUAUUUUGCCCGUUCCUCAAGUCUUAAAGAUCACCACAGAAUCCACACAGGAGACAAACCUUACAAAUGUAAUGAAUGUGGUAAAUAUUUUGCCCAGUCUUCAAAUCUUCAAGUUCAUCAGAGAAUCCACACAAAAGACAAACCUUACAAAUGUAAUGAAUGUGGUAAGUAUUUUGCCCAGUAUUCAAAUCUUCAAGUUCAUCAGAGAAUCCACACAGGAGACAAACCUUACAAAUGUAAUGAAUGUGGUAAAUAUUUUGCCAGUUCCUCAAAUCUUAAAGUACACCACAGAAUCCACACAGGAUACAAACCUUUACAAAUGUAAUGAAUGUGGUAAAUAUUUUACCUGAUUUUCAAGUCUUAAAGUUCACCCCAGACUUCAUACUGUAGACAAACCUGUUAAAGGUAAUUAGUGUGGGAAAUCAUUUACACAGUCCUCAAAACUACAAGCUUCCCACAGAAUACACACUGAACAUCGACCUUAUAAAUCUAAUAAUUGUGGGAAAUCAUUUACCCAGUAAUCAAGUCCUCUAGCUCACCACAGAGUCCAUACAAGAGACAAACCGGCAAAUGUAAUUAAUGUGGAAAAAGCUUUAUAUAGUCCUCAGAUCUUAUCAAUUAGUACAUAAUCCACAUAGGAGACAAACUUUACAAAUCUAAGAAAUGUGGCAUGUCUUUUACCUGAUCCUCAUCUCUUCAAGUUCAUCAAAGAAUCCAUACUGGAAAACAACCAUAUAUGUGGAAACGACUGUGGAAAAUCUUUUUCCUGCUCCUCAAAUGUUCAUUCUCACUAGAGUAUCCAUACAGGAGACAAAUUGAAAAAAUAUAGUGAGUAUGGAGUUGAUUUCCCAAGUCCUCGACUCUCCAAUGUCACCACAGAAUCCAUCCUGGGGGCAAACCUUUCAAAUAUACUGAAUGUUAACAAUCCUUUACCCUGUUCUCAGUAACUUUAUAGGUGUAAUGAAUGUGUAAAAUACAUUUCCCAGUCCUCAAAUCUUCAAGGUGACCACAGAAUCCAUACUGCAGCAAACAUUGUCAAUGUAAAGAACGUAGAAAGCCCUUCACACAGAAAUCAUAUUUUUAAACCUGACAUAGCAUGGAUACUAGAGAGAAACUGUACAAAUGUAGAUAAUCUGACAAGUCAUUUCUCACUUUCUCAAACCUGUGGCCACCUAGAAGAUCAGUGCAAUAGACCAAGUUGAUGAGUAAUUACUGUCCUAGUAUGAAUACAGAAACCUGGUAUUUACAAUGAGAAACAUGUUUGUAAGUAUUUAAAUAAUGUUAAAACCUUACUCUCUAUCAGAGAACUCACAGAGGAAAGCCCUGACCUUAUUAGGAAUUGGAAACGUUUUACCCAGAAACACAGCUGAUAGUCAUAUUAAGUAGUUAUUUCCAAAAUAAAAUAUGAAAAAAAUCUUUCACCCAGUAUUAAUCUAAUUAUAAUUAUAAUCACAUCAUAAUUAGUAAUGGUAUAGAAUUCAGGUUCAAACAAAUUUAGAGAAGUAGUAUUUUAAAAUGUAAGGAUUUAAGCCAUAAUAAUAUUAUUGAAUAUCCUUAUACAAAACUGUUGCAAAAUGUUCUGUAUAGUUUAGUAGGCUAGAAUAUUGACAUUUGUGAGAUAUGGUCUAUGUGAAGCUUAUUUUGUUUUUACUCUUUGAGCUUUUAUAAAAUAUACAUAAUAGGAAAUUUUUAAUCUCAAAAUAAUCCCUUCUUUGUCAGAAUUAUCAAUAAACAUAUUACAACUGUCUUCCUAUUC